ACUAAAUAAUGAAUACGUAACUAUUGUUUCUUAUAUGCCAAUUGACUAAUGACUAUUGUUAUAAUUCUAUUAUUGUAUUUGAUGCAUUAGAUGGAAUCAAACCUAAUUUUUUCACUAUAAUUCGUACUCCGUACCCAUUUUUUUUUUUUUUGGAAUAGAACUCAUACUCCAUACUUAUGUACUACAAGAAUUUGAAUAGGUGAAUUAGAUUCAUUAGCUAAAGAAAAUGACAACUCUGUCCAUAAUUUCCACUAGAUUAGUCAAAAGCUAUUGUUUAUAUGAGGCUGAUAAAUAAUGGGCUAACCUAAAGUCAAAAAUUAAACCCAGCCCAAACAAAUUGAAUUCAAACUUCAAAGCCACCUGUUUUCUCCAUUAACAUCUUUUUUUUUUAAAAAAAAAAACUAUUAAAAAAAUUAGGGCUUUUCAUCAUCUUCUUCUUCAACCUUCAUCAUCAUCUUCCAAGUUUUAAUCUUUCUGAUUCUUUAUCUUAAUUUAAUCUCUCUGAAAUUUGUAUAUGUUUUAAAAUUUUGAAUUUGAAAAAGGGGUUUUGAAUUGUUUUUAAAUUAGUUAUUAAAAUGGGAAGAUUGUUUAUAGAAUCACUUCCAGGUCCAAGGAUAUUCAAAUGCAGCUGCUGUAAAGUUGACUCUGCAUCUCCAGACGACAUCGUUUCGAAGAACUUUCAGGGGCGUUUUGGUAAAGCUUAUCUCUUCAGAUGUGUAGUUAAUAUCUGUCUUGGGCCUACUGAGGAACGACAUCUUACAAGUGGACUGCAUGCUGUGAGUGACAUAUAUUGUAGCUAUUGCUUGCAAAUACUCGGUUGGAAAUAUGAGAAGGCAUAUGAAGAGAGCGAAAAGUACAAGGAAGGGAUGUACAUUCUAGAGAAAUAUAGAAUGCUGAAGGUUGGCUGGUAAUGCUUUCAAGCACUUUCAUGCAGUGCUGUAGUAUAAAUUAAUCUUGUGAUUCUUCACACUUUAGAAUAUCAAGCUUGAUAUAUGAAUCAUUUUAGAUACUGCGUUAUAUAAAGUAUUUUGGCUUGGUUCACGUGUGUGAGCCAAAUUAUUAGGAGCUUGAAAAUUUAUGAUGUUUUGUUUUCAUCACCAAAUAGCAGGAUGUACAGUAUGAAAAAGAUUUGAUAGUUGUCAAAAAAGCCAUAUUUCUCUUUAUAUACUCUUUCAAUUAUA